AUUAUAAAUCGAAAAAGUUUAAUUUAAAUGUACAAAUUAAUUCUUCAUCCAAUUCCACAAAGGACAGAUAUGCUACUGAAAAAAACAUUUUCAAUAUGAAGAACUGGAAUAUUAAAGUAAAAAUAAUACUGUUUUAAGAAAUGAAGAAAGCUAUCGGAACGACAUUAAUGUAACAGAAACAAGAUUGGAAAAAGAACAGAAAAAAGUUAAGCAGUUAAAAAUACCGAUGAAUAUAUUAAAUAAAGACCAUACUAUUGUUAAUAAUACAAAAGAGUCGCAUCGCUUUGAAAAUUCUAUUUUCGAAACUAUGACAAAUACCGUUACUCCACAGAUUAACGAUAGGAUUUACGAAUUUACUGAAAUUACAUCUAUAUUUCAACUGAAUAAUUCGACAGUCGCUGAGAUUUCGAAUAAGACAACUUACACGACAACUGAAACGAUGACGACAAACGACACUGACAUUAAUCGAAAUUUAAGUGUGAUAGAUGUGAAUCGCAAGAACAAAAGUCUUAGGAAAAUGUCACGUAGAAAGCAAGCUUCUGCUUUCCAGAAAUAUUACGAUAAAUACUUGAACAAGUUAAUCUUUGAAUCUAAAUCUUCAAAAGUAGAGGCACGUCAAUAUUUUCCAAAUAUUAAUCAAACCUUUAUAAAUGUCAACGGUAUCGAUAAAAUGUCGAUAGAUUCUUCGACUUCAAAUCAUAGCUCGAUUCAACAAAAUCGCGAUCGAGAUAAGAAAAAAUGUAGGACGAGUAAAAUGCGCAAACAAUCAAAUAGCACUUUGGAAAUAUUUCACGGAAGUAAUGAAAGCUCGAUGGAAAAUAACGACAAGAUUGAUUCCGAAUUAAUAAACCCCAACAAAACGUCCGAAUCGAUAAAUAUAGACGAUUACGCGUACUCGAUAUCAAAGGAAUCGCAAAAAUCCAGAGAGAUUCUGAAAAUAGAAUCAAAGAAUGAUGUCGCCUUUCUGUUAAACUGGACGAAAAUGCCUUCGACGAGUACUCCAGACAUUGUCACGCAAAAUGAGAACGACUGGAGGGAGGAAGAAACCGAAAAACUUGACAAACACAAGCGCAAAGAUCGUCAUAAUGAUCAUAAAAACAAUAGACCCAAGAAGGGGAAGAAAAAUUACAAUGCGAAGCGUAAGAAGAAACUUACAUCAACCACUUGGACGGUCGACGAGACGACGAGUGUCGAUUAUGACAACGAUUAUAGCUCAGAGCGCAGAAAGACUAUGUCUUCUCGUAAUGAUCCAGGAUAUGACAAAGCUGACGGUAAUCGGAAUACGAGUACUGGCAAGAGCGACUGGCACCUCACUGAUGAAAUUACAACGGAACCUCCUAAGAUGGAAUUCUCUGACGUUGAUGAGUCCGUCACGGAACACCUUACAAAAGACAACACCGAAGAAGGACUUCAGUCGGAAGGAAGAACGAAUGCGGAUCUUAUCACCGAUGAUACUACAUUUCGUUCAUCAAUAGCGUGUAAAGGGAAAAAAUUUAAGAAAUGUCAAACUCGGAUUGCAGCAACCACCGAGAAUAGUUGGUUGUAUGACAAAAAAAUAAAUAAUGAAGGAGAUGAAGAAUUGAUUAAUUGUGAAGAUGUUACAUCGCUUCCUGCCACCAACAAUUUGGAGGAUCAAAUCGAAACAGAAAAUUAUAGUGAUGAUUAUUAUCUUCUCGCGCAUGAAAAAAUAUCUACACCAACCAGUAUUACUUUAUUUCCAAAAAAAAUUAAUUUAAAAAAGAGUACAACGUAUAAUACGAUUACGAAUCGAGAAAGUAAAGACAGAAAUAAUGCAACAGAAGGAACAAUCUUGAAUAAACAAAGUGAUGAAAAUAAUGAAAAAACACAUGAAUGGUUCUGGAAUAAGGAAAGCACUACAAAUUCUAUAACAAGAAGUACCACCCACGAUGCAAUUUCGAAUCUCAAUGAAGAGGAAGAAGAUUCAACAGAGAAAUUUACGGCCAUCGAAGACAAUAACGAAAUCGAUAACGGCGUCGUAACAUCAAUCGUGGAGGAUUAUGAGGCUGUUAACUGCAAUGAGAAUCAAUAUGCAUGCGACAAGUACACUUGCAUCGAGAACGAUCAAGUUUGUGACGGUAUCGUAGACUGUAUUAACACCGGUGACGAGAUUAACUGCGAUCGUAUAUACAUGAAGAGAUGGGAGGAGCACCUGAAAGUCAACGGACAGCCCGAGAAGUUUGACCUUCCGUCACAGAAUUCGAUCGAAAACACGUUGCUCGAUGGAUGCAGCCUUUAUGAGCAUCCCUGCGAUGGCACGUGCAUAAACGCACUGAACAUUUGCGACGGCAAGAGAGACUGUCUGGACGGUACCGAUGAGGAGGGCUGCCCGAGCUUGGAAGACCCGUCCGAUCCACGUUGGACACCGAUACACAAGAGGGAAUGCGAUCCAAGAAGAGAAAUGCGUUGCGAUGACGGUGGUUGCGUUCUUUUACGGCGUAAAUGCGACAAUGUCUUCGAUUGUCUUGAUGGCAGCGACGAGCGGGGUUGCGGGCUAUGUACACCUGCCGAAUGGAAAUGCGCCAGUGGCGAAUGCUUGCCGGAAAAUCAGAGGUGCGAUGGGAUAACGCAGUGCAGCGAUGGGUCUGAUGAGGAUCGAUGUGUAACCGAAUGCCCAGCUGGAUGGUUUCGAUGCAACGAUGGAAUAUGCCUCGACAAUAAGAGACGUUGCGAUGGUCGGCCGCAUUGCUUGGACGGCUCCGACGAAAUCAAUUGUUUUCAAUGCCCCGACGGUCAGAAAUCCUGCGACAACGGCGUCUGUAUCAAUAAGGACUUCUUCUGCGACCGCAAUAUCGACUGUCUUGACACUAGUGACGAACGAAAUUGCCCGGAUAGCGGGGCAACCGGCGGUUCUGGACAGGAAUGUCACCCCGACAGCUUUACCUGCCAUGAUGGCAGCUGCAUACCUCAUGCGGCGGUAUGCGACGGCCGUGCGGACUGUCCGCAUGAUGAGGAUGAGAUCAACUGUCGUCAAGGAUGCACGCGAGAUCAGUUCCAGUGCGCUAACGGAGAUUGCAUCCCCGCCAAUCAGAGAUGCAACGGAUAUAUCGAGUGUGCUGAUGGUUCCGACGAGCCGGAGGAAUGCGAGCCAGAACGACCAGAGCCAGGUCAAUGCUUAGAGAGUCAAUUUAUGUGCAUUUCGGACAGAAGAUGCGUUCCACAAUCUUCCAUUUGUAAUGGAAUUCCAGAAUGCAGAGAUGGAUCCGACGAGCAUAACUGCGAACAAGGAGAGGUAUGCUCGUAUGAAGAAUGGCAGUGCAAGAGCGGUGAUUGCAUACCACGACAUCAACAUUGCGAUCGCCGAAUUGAUUGUCCGUACGACGAUAGCGACGAGUUGGGCUGUGACUAUAGGUCGAUGCAAAGAAAUCACAGUACGUGCCACUCGCACGAAUGGAUGUGCAAUGAUGGUCAUUGCAUUCCGCUGCAUCAGCGGUGCGACAAAAGGCUCGACUGUCCUAGAGAUAUGUCCGAUGAAAUGGACUGCAGUUAUGAUAAUUAUACCGAACAUGGAACAUCUGAUCUUAGAUUGAAAACAUAUCCCAGUGAACAAGUGAUUAAAGAGAACCCGGCAAAGCAAGGUCGCGAAGUCGUAUUCCAAUGCCGUGACGAGGGUCUUCUACGUGCCAGAGUACGUUGGAUUCGCGGCAAUGGUCUUCCUCUACCACCUGGUAGUCGAGACAUCAACGGUCGCCUGGAGAUACCCAACAUCCAGCUCGACCACGCUGGAAUUUACACUUGCGAAGCCGUGGGUUAUCCGCCGUCUACCUCGGGCCGUCAAUUGAACGUCGUUCUCACCGUCGAGAAGUUUGAGCAACCGGCCACGAGAUCACCUCAAGUGUGUCAAUACGAUCAGGCUACCUGCAGCAACGGAGAUUGCAUUCCCAAAUCGUACGUUUGCGACGGCAAAUUCGAUUGCACCGAUGGAUCUGACGAGAUGCGAUGCAGUCCGCACGGAUGCGAGCCCAACGAGUUCCGUUGCAAUAAUAAGCAAUGCGUCAGCAAGUUGUGGCGUUGUGACGGCGACAAGGAUUGCGCCGAUGGCAGCGACGAGGAAAACUGCGCGCCGUCUCCCCCGGGAUCUCCAUGCCGUUACAACGAGUUUCCUUGCAGCAGCAACAAACAGUGUAUCCCGAAGAGUUAUCACUGCGACAUGGAGCGGGACUGCUUGGACGGCAGCGACGAACUUGGAUGCUCUCCCGUUUACAUCGUGAAACCACCCCCGCCGAUGGUCGUUCUCGAGCCAGGCGACGAAUUACAUCUCACUUGCACCGCUAUCGGUGUCCCGAUACCGGAAAUCAACUGGCGACUCAACUGGGGACAUAUUCCCGCGAAAUGUACGACCGUGUCCACUAAUGGAACGGGCACCCUGACAUGUCCGGACAUACAAAUUCAGGAUCAGGGCGCGUAUUCGUGCGAGGCGUUGAACGUCGGCGGUUUCGUCUUCGCCGUGCCGGACGCGAUCGUCGUCGUGAAGGAGCCUCGCAACGUCUGUCCGAAGGGCAAGUUCAAUUCCGAGGCAAAGGUCAUCGACGAGUGCAUCUCGUGCUUCUGCUUCGGCGUCGCCACUGAGUGUCGCAGCGCCGACCUCUUCACUUAUCAGAUUCCACCGCCCUUCGACCGCCACAAGAUUGUGUCCGUUGAAACCUAUCCGACGAUUAAAAUCCACGGCGAUAUCAGCAGCCAGAUAUCCCAGAUGCGUCCGCUCGGCCGAGAUGGCUUUCAGCUACUGGAAUCUUCCAGCAACGAGCUGAACGUCUACAACGUUCCUUAUUAUGCGCUGCCGGAGAACUAUCAUGGUAGUCAAUUGAAAUCUUACGGUGGCUACUUGAAGUAUUCGAUCCGUCACAACGGCCAUGGAUCGCCGAACAGUGCACCUACCGUCAUCUUGAGCGGUAAUAAUUACAUUCUGCUGCACAGAGGUAACGUGCCGACGCCCGAUUACGACACCGAAGCAUCCGUCAGAUUCUUCUAUGGUGAAUGGUACAAGCAACAAGGAAGAAGCGAAGUCCUGGCAUCCAGAGAGGAGAUCAUGAUGGCACUGGCAAACGUCGACAAUAUUCUUAUAAAAGUGAAAUUCGACGACAGCUCGCCGCAGCUGGACGUUCGUCUCACCAACAUCGUGGUGGAUACCGCUGAUGCGCGAAACACCGGUCUAGGAUCCGCAAUCUUUGUCGAGGAAUGUCAAUGUCCUACCGGAUAUACUGGUCUAUCCUGCGAGCACUGCGCACCUGGUUAUCUAAGACGAGAAAAUGGACCGUGGCUCGGUCAGUGUUACAGAGACGAACCGCCGUGUCCUCCAGGAUACUACGGCGACCCCUCAAGAAACAUCCCUUGUCAGAUUUGUCCUUGUCCACUUACCAAUCCGUCAAAUCAGUUUGCUCGCACGUGUCAUCUUGGAUCUGACGGGCAACCUACGUGCGAUUGUCCUGCUGGCUACGUUGGACGCAGGUGCGAACAGUGUGCCGCCGGCUACCAAGGGAAUCCCCUUAUUCCUGGAGAUAUGUGCGUCCCUCUUCAACAAUGCGAUCCUAACGGCAGCCUUAGCCCUAACGCCGACCCACAUACUGGAAAAUGUCAUUGCAAGCAAUAUGCAACUGGUCUUACUUGCGAUCAAUGUAAGGCAAAUACCUUUAAUCUGGCCUCGACAAAUCAAUUUGGGUGCAUAUCUUGUUUCUGUAUGGGUAUUACAAACAGAUGUGUCUCCUCUAACUGGUACAGAAAUGAGAUUCGUGUAUCGUUCACCAAUUCGAUUAGAGAUUUCUCUUUGAUCGAAUCUAAGAGCACCGACGCACCAGCGAUUGUAGAAGGAAUUAAUCUGAACACUAUCAGCCGAGAAAUAAUUUACAGCGAUUUUCCGAAUCGUGGAAACAAUGACGUUUAUUAUUGGCAAUUACCCAGCAUUUUCCUGGGAGAUCAAAUAACAUCUUACGGAGGUAAUCUCAAGUACACUGUCAGAUACGUUCCUUCUCCGGGCGGUCAAAGUUCAAGAAAUAAUGCCGCGGACGUCGAACUUAUCAGCGCUAACGAUAUCAACUUGCUCUAUUACUCUCGUGAGUCUCCCGAGCCAAACUCCCAGCAAUCGUUUACGGUACCGUUACUCGAGCAAUAUUGGCAACGCAAUGAUGGAACUCAAGCGGAUAGAGAGCAUCUUCUAAUGGCUUUGGCAGACGUGCGAGCCAUCAGAAUCAAAGCCACCUACACGACGCACACAGACGAAGCUGCGCUCUCCUUCGUGUCUUUGGACACUGCCGAAAAGUAUAACACUGGUAAAGCACGUGCGGCCGAAGUUGAAGAAUGUACGUGUCCCAACGGCUACAGAGGACUUUCCUGCGAGGAUUGCGACGUUGGUUAUACCAGAGCCAUCGAAGGUCUUUAUUUGGGUAUCUGCGAACCUUGCAACUGCAAUGGCCAUUCAAACCAAUGCGAUCCUGAGACUGGCGUUUGCGAGAACUGUGCUGAUCACACUACCGGCGAUUAUUGCGAGGUAUGCGAAGGGGGAUACGAAGGGGAUGCUACCCGGGGUGCGCCAAACGAUUGCACAUACAGAAGCCCCAGACCCGAGCCAUGCAGAUGCAACGAGGCUGGUUCGCGCAGCACUUCGUGCGUUGACGGCAUAUGCGAGUGCAAAAGGAAUGUCGAGGGUCCCGAAUGUAAUCGGUGCCGCCCGUCGACAUACGGAUUACAUGCCGACAAUAUUGAUGGAUGCAUCGAAUGUUACUGUAGCGGGGUAACUGAUCAAUGUCACGAAAGCACAUUGUAUGUACAACAAAUUCCGAUGUGGGUAUACGACUCGCACCACGGCUUCACUCUCACGGAUUCGACUAGACGCGACAUAAUCGAUGACGGUUUCGAGUUGAAUGUGGCAAUGAACGAAAUCGGUUAUCGCUAUCCGGAUAGUAGAAGUCGUAGAUUGUUCUGGUCGCUGCCGAGUGUUUUCACCGGAAACAAAGUGAAGAGUUACGGUGGAAACUUGACUCUGACGCAGCAUAUCACUGCGUAUCCUGGCGCUCAGAGUUAUAAAGAUCAAGAUAUUCUCUUGAUCGGCAAUGGCAUCACAUUGUUCUGGACAAAUCCAACGGAGCUUCAACUCGAUAAUCCACUGACUUACUCCGUUCCAUUGAAAGAACACGAAUGGAAACGAUUAACCACCGAAGGACCACGGAGCGCUUCCAGGACGGAUCUCAUGAUCGUUCUCUCGAAUCUGGAGGCUAUCUUGGUCCGCGCAUCCCACAGCGAGCGUAUGACUGCAACAUACAUAAGUGACAUCAGCUUGGAUACAGCCGUGGAAAAUCUAACCGGAAACCGACGAGCAACUCAAAUCGAAGCCUGCCGCUGUCCGACUGGUUACACAGGAACUUCUUGCGAAAUUUGCACACGCGGCUAUUACAGAGAUACCAGCGACCGAUCCGUGAGUUAUCUAGGCGCGUGCAAUCUUUGUCCAUGCAACAAGAAUGAGGAGAGCUGCGAGAUCAGCAGAUCCGGUCAAGUCAAAUGUCACUGCCUGCCAGGAUACACCGGACAAUAUUGUCAAGACAAUGUCGUCGGUGAGCUCAUGGUAAGCCUAAUGCCUAUGAAAGGCGAAGUUGAACCAUACUCUACGAUCCAAUUUACGUGCAACUAUGACUAUCCAGACACAUUUUACAUCUAUUUUAAAUUAUCGUCACUUAACGGGUUUCCCGUAACUGCGAGAACUAGCAAACCCGGAUCUAUAAUCAAGACAGAAAAAGGAGCUGUCCGUAAAUGGUUCGUCCACGUGGAACACACUGCUUGCAAUGUCGAGUGUCACAUCGUGACUUACCAUGGCAAAGAAUUAGUCAAGAUCGUGACAUCGAUUACGCCAGUUGGAGAAACGCAACCAACUACUACACCUGGUUCAAUACCUCCACCGAGGAUUAUAGUUUAUGUUCAAGAACCAGAAUUCCAGAUUGUUCACACCGGAAACACUGUCAGAUAUCAUUGCGCGGGCAGAUCAAAGGAUAGCGAUUCGGUAAAUAUUAGAUGGGAGAAAGAAGAUGGUCAAUUGCCACUUGAUAGAAGCGUGGACGACUCGAAUGGACUGUUAGUCAUUAGAGACGUAAAAGUAUCUGAUAGCGGCAUAUACGUUUGUCAAGUGAGCGAUGGAAUAAACAUCGGACGAAAGAAAGUCACUCUAACUGUUGGAGGAGCUAAUCCGGUGGAACCAAGAAUUGCUAUAACUCCACCGUAUCAACAAGUGAGAGAAGGUGAACCAGUCGAAUUCCGCUGCGAAGCUACUGGUAAUCCGCCACCUCAAUUAGAUUGGAUUCGAGUUCACGGAAGCAUGAGUCCGGAAGCGACAUUCUACAAUGGUGUAUGGAAUCUUCCAGCCGCAUCGAAGAACGAUGCAACCGAGUAUAAGUGCAUUGCUAGAAACAGUGUUGGUAUAGAUGAGAAGACGACCAUCUUGUAUGUUCAAGACAAUCCUAAUAAGCCGCCAUCUCAAAGUGUACCGCCAACCGUGACUCCAUCCGAAUGGUCCGGAACUAUCAAUGAUGUUGUCAGAUUAAUUUGUACACCAACUCAGCAUGCGAAUGUCACUUGGACAAGAUCCGGCGGAUUACCGCUGCCUUAUACAGCCAAUCAACAGGGGGGAGUCUUAACCAUCACCAAUCCUAGUCCGAACGAUUCCGGCAUAUACGUGUGUACUGCGACAAAUCAAUACGGAACAGAAACGAGCACCACCGCUAGGAUAACGAUAAUUCCUCGUAGAGAGCUACCAUCGAUUAAAGUCAGACCCGAACGGCAAGAAGUGUCACAAGGCACGAUUGCCGAGGUGCGUUGCAUCACCAGUGGAGAACCAGGUGUACAGGUGAAAUGGAGCAAGUACACAGAAACGAUGAGUUCGCGCGUGCAACAAGUAGGAGACACACUUAGGAUCGUUAACGCCCAGGUCGCCGAUCGAGGGGUCUAUAUCUGCAGGGUUACUAGUUCAACAGGCAGUCACGAGGCCAGUGCCAUCAUCGAAGUUGAACCUCGCGAAGCUCCGGUCUUAGAACUGUAUCCUCAAGACGUUCAAACGGUCAUCCUUGGCGGCUCGGCCGAUCUUCAAUGUCGCGCAAAGGCUGGCUUCCCUGUGCCCGAGUUGCACUGGUCCCGUCAGGAUGGUCGACCGUUCGCUUCCAAUAUCGAACAGCUUCCUGGCGGACUACUUCGACUGUCGAACAUCACGGUGAACGACGACGGCGCCUAUAUCUGCUCCGCGUCGAACGAAGUCGGCUCGACAUCGGUUAUCGCGCACAUCGAGGUCCAGUCUCUGCCUGUAAUCACCAUUACUCCGAAACACGGCAUUUUACAAGUGAAACGCGGAAGUCAAGUCCGUUUAAUGUGCAGCGCGAGUGGUUAUCCGCAGCCUAACGUAGCUUGGAGCAAAUACGUGCACGGAGUAACUAUACAUGACACAUAUAGCAAAACAGCGGCUACUCCACUGAGUGCUGUAUAUGAGAUAUUCUCCGUUUCACCCGACGACGAAGGAUCUUACACUUGCCAGGCCACGAACGCCGUAGGAAUAGCCGAAGAGCGUAUUCAAAUACGCAUCGAGGAUGACGAUGAUGUUCCUUGCACUGGCGAUAGAGGCGAUAUUCCAUGCGAUGAUCGACAACAGCCUGAUAAUAGAGAACCGAAUCAACAAGGAGUGUUAAUUCCCAAAGAUUAUUUGAGAAUCCCGAACGGUGGUAAGGUGGAAAUGCGUUGUCAGGUCUUCGGACCCGAUGGAGAUCACAUCUAUCUGGACUGGAAGAGGAGCGAUCAUCGUUCCCUACCGGAAGGCAGCACGGUGCAUAAUGGAGUAUUAAGCAUUCCGACUGUUGACAGAAACGCAGCCGGAGAAUAUAUCUGUUUAGGCUUGGAUCCCGCCGGUACCGUGCUCUUCAGGGCGAAAUCCCAUCUUGAAAUUAUAUCUCCGCCAAGAAUCGAAUUGAAUCCCACGCGUCAGACAGUGGGACCCGGAGAAAAUCCAUCCAUCAUUUGCACCGCCACAGGAGACGAACCUUUGCAUAUAGAAUGGGAUGCUAUAGGACGCCCGUUACCGUAUUCGGUAUCGCAAAGCCGUGGUAUCCUCCAAUUCCACGGUAUCACCUAUUCCGAUGCCGGCAAAUACGUGUGCAAAGCGACGAAUGGAGCAGGAACAGCGGAGGCGGUAGCUGAAGUUUUAGUCAAUGAACAUUCUUACGAUGACUCAGAAGUUCGUGCUGAACAAAGAGACGUGGUGACACAUGCUGGCAAUUCUGUACGUUUACGUUGCGUGGUCCGCGACCGUGCGAUAAUUCAUUGGAGUCGAGAGGGACAAACCUUGCCGAGCACCGCGCAAUUCGGAGAAGAUUACUUGGAGUUGACGCAAGUGAAACCGGAAGAUAGUGGAAGAUACAUUUGUCAAGCCCAGACCAGUCGUGGUGUAUCCAGUGAUUAUAUUAAUUUCAACGUAUCUCUGUACCGAUCGCAGUGCAGGCAUUGGGAGUAUGAAUGCAGAAGUCUACAAUGCAUUCCAAUGGAAUACUUUUGCGACGGCUAUGUUCAGUGCAACGAUGGUACUGACGAACGCUUCUGUCGCAACGUGCGCUAUCGCCAAUAUCUUCAAAGACGACGCGCUACUACCGUGCCUUCAAUAAGUGUCGAGGCUUCUCAAGACCCAGUAAACAUCGGUGACACAGUUGAUAUACAUUGCACAUCCACUGGACGAAGCCCACGUUAUCACUGGUCAAGACCAAAUCAUGUGAGCCUACCAACAAACGCCCAAGAAUACGGUUCUGUUCUGAGGCUGACUAAUGUAGCUGUCAGCGAUAGUGGAUCCUACAGAUGCAUAGUAAACACGCCCGAGGGUACAUUCGAAAAGGACUUCAAUUUGAUUGUCCAUGGUGGAAUUCAUGAUGAACCAGCGAUUGAAACGAAAUUUGCACCGUACGGGUCGAGCUUAGAAAUGGAUUGUCGUAUCGAUCUCGAUCCACCGAUACAAUAUCACUGGAACAAACUUAAUGGAUUUUUACCACGUGAUAACCAAAUUUUGGAGAACAAAUUAAAGCUGACUAACGUAAAGGCUGAAGAUGCUGGAACAUAUAUUUGCGUUGGAUAUAACGGACAAGCGCAAGUAGAAGUUCCUACGGUGCUGGUCGUAACAGGAGUAGUGCCUAAUUUUAGUCAGGCACCUGAAAGCUACAUCGCUCUUCCGCCUUUAUCCGACUAUCUUAAAUUUAAUAUCGAAAUCUCCUUUAAACCAGAAAGUUAUGACGGCAUCCUAUUAUACAACGACGAGUCCAGUCAACAAAGGACCAACGACAGUGACUACAUUGCUUUAUCUCUAAUUAACGGAUAUCCGCAAUUUAAAUUCAAUCUCGGAUCCGGAGCAGCUAUUGUUCACACGGAUAAACCUCUUACCCUGAGCGACUGGCAUACCAUUAAGAUCCAACGCAAUCGAAAAGAAGCAACAAUGGUGGUAGACGGCGAGAGCACUUACAAGGUGGUCGCAGAAGGCAGACGUCAAGGACUGGAUCUCAAAGACCCCCUGUACAUCGGCGGACUACCUAAUACUUUGAGCUACAGUAAGAUCAACGAACAACUCGAAGUAACAACGGGUUUCGUCGGAUGCAUCAGCCGAUUAGUUCUCGGAGAGAAGCAGGUUGAUCUGAUCGGCGAUCAAACGGAGAGUGUGGGAAUCACGAGCUGCGAGACUUGCGCCGAAAAUCCUUGUUCCAACGGCGGUGUAUGUCAGGAAACGACCACGAAGAACGGCUAUACAUGCCUGUGUCGAACUGGUUUCGGCGGCAAACACUGCGAUUACGCCGGACAAUCCUGUUAUCCAGGUGCAUGCGGAGAAGGUAAAUGCGUCGACAAGAAUAUGGGCUUCGAUUGUUAUUGUCCGAUCGGAAAGACAGGAUCACGAUGCGAGCAUUCGGUGAACAUUCACGAUCCAGCUUUUCAUGACGACAGAGCUUUUCUUGCGUACCAAACUCCAAAAGCUUAUAGAAAGCUUAAGGUAGCCAUGAGUUUUAAUCCUACGGACUCCGGGGAUGGAAUCUUGAUGUAUUGUUCUCAAGAUGAUGAAGGCCGCGGAGAUUUUGCAGCGCUCAUAAUAAAAGACAAACACAUCGAAUUUCGUUACGAUAUCGGCUCCGGAAUGGCAACGAUAAGAUCACCUUAUGCAAUCCAACCUGGUGUAUGGACAUAUGUAACAUUGAAUCGAGACUACAAGGCAGCUAAAAUGUCAGUGAAUGGCGAGCCAUUUUUGGAAGCUAAAUCACCUGGAGCUGAGAGAACCAUGGUAUUAAAUACACUUCUUUACAUCGGAGGAGUGGAUCGCAGUAAAAUUAUGAUCAAUACGGAUGUGGGUGUCGAUCGUAGUUUUCGUGGAUGUAUAAGCGAGCUCGAAGUAGCGUCAGUCGGUUUGAACAUAUUGAAUUCAUCGAUUGCCUCAGCUUAUAUCGAAAACUGUUCGAUGUCUCAUCUGAAUCGAGCAAUAAUGCAUACUACUAUUACAACUUCGACAUCCAUUCAGCCGCCAACGUUGUACGAUCCUUGCGCAUGGAAUCCUUGCAUUAAUGGUAUAUGUCAAAGUAUGCACGAUGAUUAUUCGUGUACAUGCGAAUAUGGAUAUGUGGGCAGAAACUGUGAGAAUGUAUUGAAGCAGUGCGAAUUACUUACGCCGUGUAGAAACGGGGGUACUUGCACCGAUUUUAGCGGAUCUUACAAAUGCGAUUGUCGUCUCGGUUAUAAUGGACAAGAUUGUGAAAAAUCGGCAGAGAUCACGUACGAUGUUGCUUUCAAAGGAAAUGGUUGGUUGGAACUUGACAGAUCUGUUAUGAUGCAUGAAGAAGAACGUGAAGUUGUGGGUCUUGAAAUCAGUACAAAUAAGAGCAACGGACUGAUUAUGUGGCAUGGUCAAACCAUGAAUGAUCUAACACCCGAUGAUUACAUCGCUGUUGCUGUAGUAGAUGGAUAUGUGGAGUAUCAAUACAAUUUAGGCUCCGGUCCCGCUAUAAUUCGCGUUACUGCUCAGCGGGUCGAUGACGGAGGACGACAUAGAAUAAUCCUGAAACGUCAAGGAAGUGAUGGUAGCAUCGAACUGAACGGCGAACAUACCGAGAGUGGUGUAAGCGAUGGACUUCAACAGAUCCUGAACGCGAGAGGUAGCGUUUAUUUGGGUGGACUGCCGGAUUAUGCGAUGACUUACGGAAGGUACCAUGAUGGAUUUUCCGGUUGCAUUUACACUCUAGAGGUACAGGACUCAGGGGCUAUCCAUAUCGGUGAAAAAGCUAUCAGAGGAGUAAACGUGUCGCCAUGUACCAAUGAUCGAACUGAUAAAUUUUCAACACGUGAUGACUUCGGCUAAGAAAACGAUCUGCAUCUAGGAAACGUAUUUGCAAGUUUGUAUUGUUAUAGAAGCGAUAAUACAGUGAUGUAAAUAUCGAAUCUAAAGCCAAAAAUGUAGACUUUAAAUUUUUCAUACAUAUCUAAUGUUUUGAAGAGAACAUUACAAGAUAGAGGAUCAAAAGCAAAUCUGAUAUGAUAACUAAUCAAACAUUGUCAGAAUAUUGUAAAGAUGACUCUUUUCGAUUAUGAUAAAAGUAUAAUUUUGUGCAUGGGACAUCCUGCUUGUACACAAAAAUCGAAAAGUAAAACACAUAUUUAACACAUAUUGUACAAAAUACAUGUAUUUCUUUAACUCGGUUUAUUGUAAACGAUUUUUAGUGAGAACAUGAAAAAUACGAAACUGUGAAUGUUAUUAAACGAGCAACAAAACAAUUUUAUAUUCAUAGACAUACAAGAAUCUAUCUUGUAUUAAUAUAUCACUAUCAAUAUUUUAUAAUUAAGAUAACUAUAACGUUUUAUACUGCUUUAUUUAUAUAAAAAGAUUGAAACAUGCAAUUUGCGAAUAAUAAAUUGUUAUUUUAAAAAAGCGACAGAAAAUUUAUGCAUUAGGAAAUCUCAUUUUCAAAUCAAUUAUAAUGUAAAUAUAAAAAAAUUAAUUUUUGGAA